GGCUCCGGGAGACAUGCACUUACCCAUAUCCGGGUUGGAGGAGAGGAAAAAAGUUUCGUUUAAACCUGGACGACAAACUUUCAGCAUGAAGCCUCACUGACAGCGCCACAGCAGCGGCUGUCAGCGACUCAUUUCACCGCCGAUUUUUACAAGCAUUACAGCGCUAUAACAUAGCUUCGUUUUUCCAUUGAAGAUUUUUUUCCUGCUUGAGUUUUUCCUCUGUCUGUAUUUUUUGUGUGAGAGUGUUCUGUUCGUGGGUCAGUGGCCCUGUCUGAAAUGUUUAAGUGACAAUGGCUGCGCAAGUGGCAUCAGCACCGACGACAACUAAUAAUAAGAAAAAUAAAUUGUCUGGCAGUUUGGGUCAAGACAUACAUUCGGGGAAGUCGGGAGGUGGAACUAUAUCGAGAUCUGGAGCAAUGCUUGGUGCUGGAGAUGGGACUAACACAAUGAAUAAUGUAGACCAUCACCACCGAAACGAGCUCAACAUGGUAAAUUCAACUUCUCCGAAUAACAAUUCUGACACACGGGAGAAGGAGAGUGGAAAUAACAUAAUAUCGUCAAAUUCGACGACCACUUCGGAGGGAAUGGAGACGGGUUUGAUAGCAAACCAUAAACUGAAAAAUGUGAGCGGAGAUCCACCUCAGCACCUCACACCGCCGCAACAGCAGUCACAAUUUAACACGUUUCCUCAGCAUCAGCAGCGCCAGAUACAAAGUAACAACAUCAACAACAGCCAAGCGACAAGGGGAGAGAGUGAGGAUCAGCACCACGGAGGGAAGAGGGGUGUUUUGGGGAGCCAGACAGAGCAGCAGAUGCUGAGUAAAGGUGAAGGGGAUCAUACCUGUAAACCAGGGGAGCGAAUGGGUGCCAGGUAUGAACAUGCCAACUUGGGACCAACGACUAACAACAUCAGCAACCAGCCCCAGAGCGCAGGAGGAAACAGCGCUAUUUCUGAGUUGAAUAACUACUAUGGCACUUCCAGAGUAGGGGCCUGCUAUGAUCAACAUGGCGGACAAAGCACUGGGAUGGGGAUGAUGCACUCCUCGGGACCCAACAACAUGGACCCAGUGCACAACUCCCACGAAGGAUACCACAACAACCAGUACAACCACUACCCUGGCUACCGGCAGGGCUACGGUGGAGCGGGCUACGGUAUGAUGGCCUCGUCCAGACAGGGCAGUAACAUGAUGAUGGGCUCUGGCAGCAACACUCCAGCUGGCCAUGUCAAGGCUGCAAUGGGAGCUGCUGCCUCCGGUUCUGGUGGAAGUAUUGGGGGCUUUCAGAGAUUCCCAGGACAUACUCAGCAUCCCUCGGGGGCCACCCCGACUCUAAACCAACUGUUGACGUCUCCAAGUCCAAUGAUGCGAGGUUAUGGCAGUGGCUAUCAUCAAGACUAUAACAGUCCCUCUGCACAACAACAAGCUGGCAUCGGCUUGGGCAAAGACAUUACUUCUCAGUAUGGCUCCACAACCCAUGGCUGGCCAGGGCAACAAAGAAAUCACCCGUCCAUGAGUCCUGGAAACGGAGGGCAAGGUAUCAGCAGACCACAGGUGGCCUCCAUGGACUUCAUGGCUAUGAAGCGCUCCAAUCUCUACGGGAUGGGGAACAACCCCUACUCUCAGCAGCAGCAGGGUGGGCCCUACCCCAGCCAGCCAUACGGAACGCCCACUACACACAGAUACCCAAUGGGAAUGCAGGGGAGGGGCCAGGCGGGCAUGGGCGGGAUGCAGUACCCUCAACAGCAGCAGGUUCCCCCCCAGUACGGCCAGCAGGGUAUGGGAGGAUACAGCCAGCAGCAGCAGCAGGGAACGCCUCCGGGAUCCUACUUCAGCCCCCCCCAGCAGAACCCCACCGCCCCCACACAGCCCCCCUACCUACCGCCGAGUGCCCCACCCCAGCAGGAGGCUCCUCAGGAGAGCUACGUAGCCAGCACCAGGGGUCAGCAGCAGGUCCCAGGGAAUUCUGGGAAGGCCAACCUUGAGGAUAUGGGUCUGAUCCCGCAGGACCUCCCCUCCAGCCUCCCGGACCUGUCUGGCUCCAUAGAUGACCUCCCUACAGGGACGGACGCUGGUCACAGUUCAGCCGUCAGUGCUACAGGCUCCACCAGUAGCCAGGGGGAGCAGAGUAACCCAUCUCAGUCACCCUUCUCACCCCACGCAUCACCCCACUUGUCUGGCCGGGGCAGCGGUCCAUCACCCUCUCCUGUUGGCUCCCCCGUGGGCUCCAACCAAUCACGCUCUGGCUCAGGCCCCAUCUCCCCAGUCAGCGGCCCAACCACAGCACAAGGGUCCCAGAUGGCCCCCCAGACAUCUGUCAACAUGUCGGAUGUCCCCCACUCCCCCUUGACCCAGCCCCCCAUGCCUCAGGAGAGGGGCUUUAUGUCCAAUAUGCAGAGAAACCAGUCUGGCUCCCAGUUUGCACCACCACCUCAGUCGGGGCCCUCCAUGUCCCCUCACCCCUCUCCUGGUCCUGGUCCUGGAGGACAAAUGUACCCAGGGAUGGGGCCCGGACACUACACCCAGGGUGUCUCCAGUGGCCCCUACGGACCCCAAGGAUCCCAGGCAAACCAGUAUGGACCCCAAGGUAACUACCCACCCAACUACGGCGGGACCCCCAGUGCCAACUACAGCGGCCCCGGCCCUGGCAUGACCAACAGCCUGGGUAUGAAUGCCAGCAGCCCCAUGCACGGCCAGGGUCCCGGGCAGCCCAUGCCCAUGGGCCGCAGUCUUGGCGCGGGCAGCCGUCCCUACCCCAACAUGGCCCCCAGCUCCCCCAGUAUGCCCCAGCCGGCAGGCCCAGGGAUGGGCCCUCCAUCACUGGGCAACGUUAACCGCAAGGCCCAGGAGGCAGCCGCUGCCAUCAUGCAGGCCGCAGUCAACUCUGUACAAAGCAGUAGACCUCCCUAUGUGAGGUCCCCAGCCCUCCACACCUCUUCUGGACCCAGUCCCCUGCCCCCUCUCCCCACCACACCCACCCCUCCUCCUCCUCUCCAACCUCCACAUCCCAACUACAGCACCCCUCAUUCUCAGCACCACGGACAGGGCAGCUACGCAGGCCCUGGCAUAAACCAGAUGGUGCACCCCAUCAACCAGUCACAGGGCAACAACUCAGGCAUGGGCACGCCACAGGGUCCACCCUACAAUAUGCCACCCUCAGGGGCCAUGGGGAUGGCUGGGGAUGGGAUGGUGACUCCUGUUGGGAAGCAGAAAAUGGAUGUCAAGGAGGAGUGCAUGCCCACCAAUGAACCUCCCAGACCCAAGGAUGGCUACAGUGUAUCCCAGUGUAUCUCCCAGCCUACCACCCCUGGUGCCAUGCCUGUCCCCUCUCCCCUGUCCCACAGCCCAGCCAGCCUGUCCUCCUACCAUGGGGAUGACAGUGACAGCAUCAGCAGCCCCGUCUGGCCAAAGACUCCCUCCAGCCCUAAGCCCAACUCGUCCACCAUGACUAACGAGCGAAUCACAGGUCUGUAUGAUAUGGGUGGGGAGCCGGAGAGGCGUGGCUGGGUGGACCAUUACCUGUCCUUUAUGGAGGAGAGGGGUACACCUGUUCCCCACCUCCCUGCCGUGGGCAAGAAGCCCCUGGACCUCUACAGACUGUACAUGGUGGUCAGGGAGAUAGGGGGGCUGGCCAUGGUGAACAAGAACAAGAAGUGGCGUGAGCUGUCCACCAGCCUGAGUGUUGGUACCUCCAGUAGCUCAGCCAGCUCUCUGAAGAAGCAGUACAUCCAGUACCUGUUUGCCUAUGAGUGUAAGGUGGAGCGAGGAGAGGACCAGCCGGCCGACAGCAACACUGGGACUGGGGGGGACAACAGGAAGCAGGCCAAGUUGCAGCUGCCCUCUCCUGCUAACUCAGGGUCCCUGCAGGGCCCCCAGACCCCCCAGUCGUCAGGCAGCAGCUCCAUGGCAGAGAUGUCAGGUGAUCUGAAGCCUCCCACCACAGCCACAACCCCCCAGGGCCAGGGCCAGGGCCAGGGCCAGGUCACCCCCAUCCCAGUCAGCAGGAGCAGUGUGGUGAGUGUGCAGGACCCAUUCUCUGAGGUGAGCGACCCGGCCUUCCAGAAGCGUAACUCUCUCCCCCCGGGGGGCCCUGGGGGACCAUACCAGCAGGGGGUCAACAUGCCCCCUGACAUGAUGAUGAGGAUGCAGUACGAGAAGGACCCCUUCGCUGGCAUGAGGAAGGUGGCAGGAGGGGAGUCCUACAUGCCAGGCCAGAUGCCCAGCGGUGGCAUGCAGGAGAUGUAUGGCAGGCCUCCAUCAGGUAUGGGCCAGCGCUCCCAGUACCCAUACGGACCAGGCUACGACAGGAGACCAGACCAUGUGAUAGGGAUGGAGGGGAGCAUGGGCCCCCCCGGAGGCCAGAGCAACAUGGGACCUUCCAACAGCGAGGGCAGCGUAUACUCUCCCAACAGAUACCCCUCCCAGCUUAGACAUGAUGGUUACGGGCAGCAGUACCCUGGAAUGCCAUAUGGAAUGCACCCAUCAGGGAUGUACCCACAACAACAGGGUUACAAGCGCCCCAUGGAGGGCAUGUACGGCCCCCCAGGCAAGAGGCACGAGGGGGAGAUGUACGGCCCCCCAGGCAAGAGGCACGAGGGGGAGAUGUACGGCCCCACAGGCAAGAGGCACGAGGGGGAGAUGUAUGCCAUGCAGUACGGCAGCCAGCAGCCUGACAUGUACAACCAGUACAGCACUGGUUAUUCUGGUCCUGAGAGGAGGCCCAUGCAGGGCCAGUUCCCCUACCCCUCCCCCUAUAGCCGGGAGCGCAUGCAGGUCUCUGGCCAGGGGCAGCACCCCCAGCACCCCAUGGGUCCCCAGAUGAUGGCUGGGGGGCCACCCUCCAACAAUGGAGUGGAAGGACCCCAGGGGCCCAACAUGUGGCCCUCCAGGACAGACAUGGGUUAUCCCUACCCCAACAGACAGGGGGCGCCAUCCCAGGUACCGCCAUACUGUCCUAUGGGGAGAGGAGAUGAUAUGGAGGGCAGACCCAUCCAGGAUGGUCAGUGGCUCGGGCACGGAGGCCAUCGCCAGUCCUCCUACAUGUCAGGUGGUAUGACCCCCAUGUCCUCUCGCCAGCCCCCCUCUGCCUACCAGACCUCCCCCUCCAUGGCCAACCACCUGCCCCGAGCACCCAGCCCUGGCUCCUUCCAGCGUUCCAUGGAGGCACGGAUGUCCCCCAACAAAGCUGUCUUUAUGGGCUCCAUGAAGAUGCCAGGCAAACCGGGCAUGCCCAUGCCAGGGCAGGGUAGUGGGCACCCAGGCCAGGUCCCACCUAACCUGCGGAGAGACCUCAACUACCCUCUAGGAUCUGUAGAGGCCACCAUGCCCCUUCUCAAGCCCCGCCGCAAAAUUACCUCAAAGGACACUGGAACCCCCGAGGCAUGGCGAGUGAUGAUGUCUCUGAAGUCAGGUCUGCUGGGUGAGAGUACCUGGGCCCUGGACACCAUCAACAUCCUGCUGUAUGAUGACAGCACUGUGGCCUCCUUCACCCUCGCACAGUUGCCUGGCUUCCUGGAGCUGAUAGUGGAGUACUUCAGACGCUGUGUGAUGGAGAUCUUUGGCAUCCUGGAGGAGUAUGAGAUAGGGACCAUCGGCCAGAAGACUCUCCUGGGGCCUAAACCCUGUAACCAGGGGGAGGAGCUGACCUCUGAACCUGAGAUAGACUGUGAGGCCAGCCAACCAGAGCCUGAGCCUGAGCAGGAGGUGGAGAGGGGGGAGGUAGAAAAGGGGGAGGACAAACCUUCUGACAUCACAGAGAAAAUGACAGUGGAAGUGAUGUCAUCCCCCAGUGCAACAGAACCAGCCCCUGAGGGAACGAAGGAGGAAUCUGAAGCCGAGGUGAAGGUAAAGAAGGAAGAGGGGGAGAAAGAACAGGAGGGAGAGAAAGAAAAAGGGGAAGAAGAAGGAGAGGGUGAAAAGCCCACAGAGAGUAAGGAAGCCAGAGCUGAAAGUAAGGAAGACUCUCCUAAUCAGUCUGUGUCAGAGCCAGAGCCAAGGCCACAACAGGCCAGCAAGUACGACAAGUUUCCCAUCAAGAUCCUGCACAAAGAGGACCUGAUUGAGGACAUGACAGAGCAGCUGGCUCACGUGACAGAGUUCACCAGCGGACUGCUCCACUGGCAGGCAGGCGGGGGGGAUUCCACGGCCCACAUCCAGACCCACUUUGAGUGCAGGGGAGAGCAGCCUGACAGGACGGAGGGAGAGAGAGACGAAUGUGCCAUUCUGAAUAAAGAGCAGGAGACUGACUCAAGUACAGAGGAGAAAGGGAAGGGUAUCACCGCCACCAUAGAUGACAUACUGUGUGCCCGGCUCGAGGCUCUGUCAGAGGGCCACCCCACCCACUCUGCCCCCACCUACCCAUUCAGGCUGCACCAGGGCGGGGGCCACAAGCACAUCACCCUGCUGGAGGACGAGCCCCGCUGUCUGAACGAGGCUCCACUCUCCACAGCCUCUCCUUGGCAGGACUCCCUGGCAAAACGCUGCCUCUGUGUGUCCAACAUCCUCCGCAGCCUCUCCUUCAUCCCUGGGAACGACUCAGACAUGUCCCGUCACCCAGGCCUGGUGCUGAUCCUGGGCAGGCUGCUGCUGCUCCACCACCAGCACCCAGAGAGGAAGAGGACGCCCCCUAGCUACCAGAGAGAGGAGGUGCAGGAGUGGGGCCUGGCCUGCAGUAAGGAUGAGUGGUGGUGGGACUGUCUCACUAUACUCAGGGAGGACACCUUGGUCACCCUGGCUAACAUCUCUGGCCAGCUGGACCUUUCCCUCUACCCAGAGACCAUCUGCCUGCCCAUCCUGGACGGCCUGCUCCACUGGAUGGUGUGUCCCUCUGCUGAGGCCCAGGACCCAUUCCCCUUGGUCGCCCCCCAGUCCCCCCUAACCCCCCAGAGACUGGUGCUGGAGUGCCUCUGCAAGCUGAGCAUCCAGGACAACAACGUGGACCUGCUGCUGGCCACGCCACCCUUCAGCCGCCAGGAGAAGCUCUACGCCACCCUGGUGCGCUACGUGGGCCAGCGUAAGAACCAGGUGUACCGCGAGAUGGCUGUGGCCACCCUCUCCAACCUGGCGCAGGGAGACUCCACGGCGGCACGCGCCAUCGCAGUACAGAAAAGCAGCGUGGGUAACCUGAUGGGCUUCCUGGAGGAUGGGGUGAGCAUUGCCCAGUACCAGCAGAACCCCCACAGCCUGCUGUACAUGGCCCACCACCCCCCCAUGGAGCCCCCCAGUGUUAACAUGAUGUGUCGGGCUGCAAAGGCUCUUCUGGCUAUGGCCAAGGUGGAGGAGAACAGGCCAGAGUUUGUCUUGUACGAGGGCAGACUCCUGGACAUCUCCAUCUCCUCUGUGCUCAACCCGGGGGUAGCCAGCAUUGUAUGUGAAGUACUCUUUCAGUUUGUUAAAAAAUUAUGACAGGAGGAUAGACAGGCCGGAGCCAAGAGACGGACAGAGAGAUGAUGAGAAGAAAACAUUAUUCUGUGGUUUUAUAUUUUUAUUUAAAUGAAAUGGAAGAAAGUUAUAUAUAUAUAUAUAUAUAUAUAUAUAUAUAUAUAUAUAUAUAUAUAUAUAGCUCCUCUGCCCUCAUUAACACUUUGGUUUUGGGAUUUGAAAGAUGAUUUUAAUACAAAUAUUUAAUACCUGCUGUUGUUUAAAUGUUGUAUAUUGUUUGAAGACUUUUGUUUGUACUUUCUUUUGUUUAACCAAAGCUGGUGCCAGAUUUUGGAGAGGAUUCUUUCAUUUCAAUGUUUUGGAAUUUUAUAAAUGUUCAUAUCUGUAUGUGCCAUAUAUGGUUUGUUUUGUUUACGAGCUCAGAUUUAUUUAAAUUGUGAGAGAUAUUGUACAUAGAACUUUUCUUGCCACACAAAAAAGGAACAUUGAUUUUACACAAACAUGUAAAUGUUUCCAUUGCUGGAGAAAUUGUGCAAUAGGACUAGUGCAAGUUGUCUGUUGAGGGCGACUAAAAGAUGUGAAUCUUUUUUUAAACACUUGCAAUAUGUGAUUUUGACCAUGGGUAGGCAGUGUUGCAUCAGCCAAUCAAAAACAUGAGAAAUAUUGUCCUAAUUUUAACAGUCAAACAUUUGACUUGCUUCAUUGUUGUCAAUCAUUACUACUACAUCUGGGAGUCAACUUUCACAAAGGAACAGUAUCUUAAGCACUUGCAUUUGUUUGAUUUCCUUUUUAACCCAAGUAGGCCCUAUGUGUAUAUAUAUAGACUGUUGUACAUUGGACACAACUUCCCUCUUUCUUUCAGUUUUGGUUGAUUCUCUAAAUUCACCAUCAAAAAUCGUGUUAUUACAAAGUGCUGGAAGUUUCCCAUUAUUAUAACAACUACUUUUGUUAUUGGUAAGAUGUGUUAUUGUUAUUAUACAUAUUUUGUUAUUGGGGUCAAAUAUUUGAACAGAGGUUGUAUAGGUCUCUGUAUGUAUAAAGUUCCUGUACUACGCAUUGUAAUAUAGCUUCAAGCUGAUCAAAACAAUAUUUGGUAAUGAAAUGUGGAAAUGCCAGGGUCAGGGAUAACUAGCUGAGGUUAAAGAAGACUUGUGAACAUAUUUAUUUAAUUUUAUGUCCUUCAUUCAUGUAAAUUGACAUAUUCUGAGCCAAGAAAAUGUAGUUCAAAAAUAAAACUCAGAAAAGAACCCACAGCACACACAAGGUCUGACAACUCAUUGUAAAUUCUCCAUUUGUUUCUUCUUACUCAAUGACUACCUUUGAUUAAUUAUACAUCUUUAUACUCUGUGUUCCACAUAUUAUGAAUAAAAUGUACACUGACUAUUGUUAA